AUGUUUACAUCCCCUUUGCUGACACUCUCCUCUCCCCCCACCCCCUUUCCAAAAUCCACAUCACCCCCAAUUCACCCACAAUCACAUGACCACCCGCCAACCCUCGCUCCUCGCAAUCCCUACGCCACUCCCUUGUCUAGCUCUCACUUCCCCUUCCCCAAGUCCCUCCAAAACCAGCUCCCCACUUCACCGCUGUGUGGCCGCUUACAUACAUCACAUUCCCACCACCCAUGCCACCUAGACUUCCUCAAAAUCGCCCAUUCAUCCAGAACCCAACCCCGUCACGGUGAUGAUCAACCCCGUCAAAGAUCCCCAAAGAUCGACAAUGACGUCUCCAAGCGUUGUAACCGUUAUCCUUCAAGCGUAACCCCCCAUCCGGGAUUUAUUGGCCCAUCACUUUUCCCACUCUGA